AUGCCCAUCCCCAGCAAGCCCAGCAGCAUCGGCCGCUCACAGAGCUGGGACGCGACCGGCUGGUACGACGGCAACUGGGAGAGCGAAAAUGCCUUUGAGUACCAGCGGGCGCCCGGCAGGAGGAACUCGCUGAGCUACGGCGGYGAGGGCGGCUGGUACGAGCAGCCCAACCAGCGGCCCAACGAUAUCAUCUUGCAAGGAGGCGCCGAGCUGAAGCAGGAGGCGUAUCCCUACCAGGAUCCCGCGUUCCACCAGGGCCCCGUGCGCAAGGGGUCGGUGCCAGACUUCUCCUACUACGAGAGGCAGGCGGCCAUGUCCGGGCGCAGCUCCCUGCCGCCGCAGGACUACUACAGCGAGCCGGCCUUGGGCGCCAGGUCGCCCAAAGACGCCCGCUACUACCGGGAGCACCUGGUGGGGCGGCCGCUGCCGGGCUACGGGGCGCCGGGCAGCCGCCUCUCGUGGGAGCCGCUGCCGGGCCGCGCGGCCGCCGCGCACGAGCCGGGCCGCGCGUACCGYGACGCCAAGGUGCCGGCCGAGGGGCAGAGGCUGCGCAGCAGGGACGCGUCCCCCGCGCGCUACGGCGCGGAGCCGCCCGCACCCCGCUACGCGGCGGAGGCGUCCACCUUCCCCGGCCGGCCCGUCUACAACGAUGCGGCCGACAGAGGCGUGGAGGCGGCGGCGGGCAGGCAGACGGCGCCCACCUGCCUGGUCGUGGAUCCCGUUGUGGCCGCCGACGGGAACAUGGGCGCAGCAGCCAUGGCGCGCGGCUACGGGCCGGGCAGGGAUGGCGCGAAAGUGCCCUACGACGGCUACGAGGCAGCCGCGACGCCCUCGCACGCGCAGAUGCCCCCCGGCUUCCCCGCGGCUGACGGCAAGAAGGCCUUGGACCCGGAGCUGCUGGCGCUGCUGCGCGCCGAAGGGGUGUCYGAGAGCACCGUGGCCGCCCUGCUGCAGCAGGGCUUCGACUCGCCCAACCUGCUCGCCAUGAUGGAGGAGAACGACAUCAAGUCGGUGGCGCCCAACCUGGGGCAAGCCAGAGUGCUGUCGCGCGUGGCCCACAACUUCAAGACGGAGAUGCAGCUGCAGAGGCAGGAGAGGAAGAGCGGCGCCCUGCGCGCCCGGACGCGCUCCAACAGCUUCAGCCACCGCGGCGAGCUGCCCGGCGAGUACGGCGCGCUGCUGGACGGCGCCGCCGCGCCGCCACCCUUCGCACCGGGCUCGCCCCGGCUCGCCGACCUCCACCGCCGCCCGUCCAGCGCCCCGACACAGCACCUGCUGGAGACGGCGGCGGCGCUGGGCGCGCCGUGCCCGCCCGCCGCCGCCUACGGCGCUCCGCUCCCAUGCAACGUGCACCCGCGUGCCCUGCCCGCCUACCCGGCCGCCUCGGGGCUGCCCAUGGCGGCGCCGCCGCACGCCAGCCCCCGCACGGCCUACCCCACCACGUACACGGUGCCCAUGGAGCUGAUGAAGCGGGAGCGCGCGGCGUCGCCGGCGCACAGCCCGCACGGCAGCCCGCAGGCGCUGCGCAAGCAGGGCGAGCUGCCCGCGGCGCCCGCCGGCGCCGGCUUCGCCGCGCAGCCCUCGCCCUGCGCCAAGCUGAGCCGCCGCACCGGCCCGCCCGUCAUCGUCUCCACCAUGGCAUCGCCUGAACCAAGCAUCCGCCCGCAGAUCAUGAACGGCCCCAUGCACCCCCGGCCCCUCGUGGCUCUGCUCGACGGCAGGGACUGCACCGUGGAGAUGCCCAUCCUGAAGGACCUGGCCACCGUGGCGUUCUGCGACGCGCAGUCGACCCAGGAGAUCCACGAGAAGGUGCUGAACGAGGCCGUGGGCGCCAUGAUGUACCACACCAUCACCCUCACCCGCGAGGACCUGGAGAAGUUCAAGGCCUUGCGGGUCAUUGUUCGGAUAGGCAGCGGCUACGACAACAUCGACAUCAAGGCUGCCGGGGAGCUGGGGAUCGCUGUCUGCAACAUCCCGUCGGCGGCCGUGGAGGAGACGGCGGAUUCCACCAUCUGCCACGUGCUCAACCUCUACAGGCGGAACACCUGGCUCUACCAGGCGCUGCGGGAAGGCACCCGCGUGCAGAGCGUGGAGCAGAUCCGCGAGGUGGCCUCAGGAGCAGCCCGCAUCCGCGGAGAAACCCUCGGCCUCAUUGGGUUUGGUCGCACGGCGCAGGCGGUGGCGGUGCGAGCCAAGGCGUUCGGCUUCAACGUGCUCUUCUACGACCCGUACCUGCAGGACGGCAUCGAGCGCUCCCUGGGGGUGCAGCGGGUCUACACGCUGCAGGACCUGCUCUACCAGAGCGACUGCGUCUCCUUGCACUGUAACCUCAACGAGCACAACCACCACCUGAUCAACGACUUCACGAUCAAGCAGAUGAGGCAGGGCGCCUUCCUGGUGAACACGGCGCGCGGGGGCCUCGUCGACGAGAAGGCCUUAACGCAGGCGCUGAAGGAGGGGCGGAUACGAGGGGCGGCGCUGGACGUGCACGAGUCGGAGCCGUUCAGCUUCGCUCAGGGCCCCUUGAAGGACGCUCCCAACCUCAUCUGCACCCCGCACACGGCCUGGUACAGCGAGCAGGCGUCGCUGGAGAUGCGCGAGGCCGCCGCCACCGAAAUCCGCCGCGCCAUCACAGGUCGCAUCCCCGACAGCCUCAGGAACUGCGUGAACAAGGAGUUCUUUGUCACGACAGCGCCCUGGUCGGUGCUCGAUCAGCAGGCCAUCCAUCCGGAGCUCAAUGGUGCCACGUACAGGUACCCGCCUGGCAUGGUGAGCGUGGCGCCGGGAGGGAUCCCGGCCGCCAUGGAGGGCAUCAUUCCCGGUGGCAUUCCCGUUACUCACAACCUCCCGACAGUGGCACAUCCUUCCCAAGCGCCGUCGCCCAACCAGCCCACCAAACACGGGGACAACAGGGAACAUCCCAACGAGCAAUAGCAGAUAAUUUAAACAUAAAUAAAAACCAUUCAAUAAACUCGGGACCAAGAGACGUUGGAAAAGAAGUUAUACAUGAACUAAAAAAAAAAAAAAAGAAUUUGAUACGCAAUUUGUAAUGUCGAUUUUGGACAGAUGCAUCAUUGAUGUCCGAGUGUGAACGAAAAAGCAGUAGCGGUCGAGACUGGGGAGCAGCCCUGAAGGAGUCACCUGCGUGCGGAAGCGCUGAAAACUAGGAUGCGAAACAUUAAUGAUCAACGUCUGUCAUUGUGUGUUAAGUUUCCUUCAUCUGUGCAUCAAUCACCUGAAUAAAAAAAAAUAGAUUUUUUCCCCUCAUUUCCUUGGGAGGAGCAGGGCUUCGGCCCCUGUUUCCACGUACUUGCCUCACGCAAUCCUUGCAGAGCAAACUUAGAAAUUUCAGAGGAAACCAUUAUGUGGCUUCAGCCCUUUCCUUACUCUUCUAUCUGGCCGCCUCUCCUAGCAAGAGGCCCCAACCCUGGCUUAGAAAACCAAGAAGAAAAAAGCAGUUUUAGGGUUUGUUUUUGCAGGCUCCGGGGCCGGUGACCUGCGGCAGAAGGAGGCGCCCGGCCCCGGCCACCAGCUCCGCGCCGAGCCCUGCGCAGCCUCCGACGCCCUCCGAGGAUGCAAGGGGCAACAAAACACGAAGGAAGAGUGUUAAAUUUCACACACUAUUUGUACUCAGAUAUAUUUUCUCAGUUUUAAAUCUGCAGCUAUUUUAUCAAGUGGAAAAAGAAAAAAAAAAAGAAGUCUUGAGCUGGAAAGGGUUCAAGAAUAAUGUUGCAUUUCCUUAUGUCUCAGGAAACACUUUUUAUGGUAACUUGUCAGACUGUCUAUGAACAAAACCCACUUUUUUAGACAUUGAUAAAAGUCUUCUUUUUCUUCAUGUGAUAUUUUAUACAAGAACACUUCAAAAYGUGUUAUUAGAUGUGACUGAUUUUAACAAAUCCUAUUAGAUUUGUAUCAACUAGCUACAUGUUAUAUUCAUAGUCUUUUGUGAAUCAUCGCCUUUUUGUYUUUAAGAAGAUGGCCUCUUUUGAGCCUUUGUAUGGGUACAUUCCUGUUUCUGUGACAAAGCAAACUUAAGCUGUCCCAAACAGAAAACCAGUGGCUAUCAGCAGUAUGUUUUGUUUUAGUGUGUUACCGUUACUGUAUUUGUUUAUUGUA